AUGACAGACAAGAUUUCAUUUACUCGAUAUACCGAAUCAAUUAAUACAUUGAUUCGUAAAUUCGACAAAUAUUUUGCUAAUUUUGACAAAAUUAAAAGUGACAUUGCUCUUUUCGUAAAUCCGAGAACUGCUAAUACCGAACAAAAGGUUGAACUUCAGAUCGAAUUGUGUAUGCUUCAAGCCGAUCCAUUUUUCACGGCCAAAACUGAAACCUGCGAAUAUUUUUAUCAACUUUUGCCAGCCGAUAAAUAUCCACGUCUUCGUAAUUUUGGCUUGAAGAUGACGUCCAUGUUCUCAUCGACGUAUCUCUGUGAAAGCGCAUUUUCAACUUUGAACAUCAUAAAAUCAAAUUACCGUACUACUCUAUCUGAUGCCACUUUGCUUUCUGUUUUAAGACUUGCAAGGACUGAAAUUCCUAUAGAUAUUAAUGAAGUGAUUCUUAUCGAAGAUGAAUUGCAAGCCUAA